ACAAGAUGUGACAGACGACAGUUGAGGAAGACGAAGUCACAUUAAGUAAUAUAUUAUUAUUCUCACAUAGUUUUCUCGUCGACGUACACAUUUUUAUAAAAUAAAAUACUACAAAAAUAACGGAGGCUAACGGCUGCACCCAUCACUGCACAGUGCAGCUUGCUUCUCGUUAGAAUUUAACUUAAGUACCGCAAUCGUACAUUUCGUAGGAUAUACAGUUCGCCGGCCAUAUUAAAAUCAGUAAGUUAAUUUCCUUCGCAAAUUCGCAACUCUCUCGGGAGGGAGAAAAGUGAGUGUAAAUUUGUGCUAGUCGGCUCGCUCGCUUUUCGCGCCCGUUAUACUUGUAAGAGUGUCUAUAUAGGUAUACCUGUUCGUUCCGUUUGUGCGAAGCGAAACUGUGCGGAUUGUUGCGGAAGACGAAGAAGAAGGUUGUUCAGUUGUUGUGUCGUCGUCGUCAGUGUAUUACUGCUGUAGUCACAGUUAAGAUAUAGCUCUGGAGACUCAACGCACCUCGAGACGAGACAAGAAAAAAUAUUCAACGUCAUUGUUUGACUUAUACCAAGAGACCUGAGUAGUGCAAACUCAGCGAGUAAAGAGUGGCGGCGAGGAGAGGUGCGCAGAUUUUGAGAAGAGAAAGCUAGAGAAAGAGCUCUGAGAGCCAGCGACGAUGAUGAGGUUGAGGCUAGCGAUUAACGAGGACGCGCCGCCGAAGCUCGUUCGUCUACCUGUCAAAUAGCACUCGCUUACCCCCGAGCUCCUCCACGAGGCCCGAUAACGAUCUUAGGGUGCCCCAGAGAGCCGCCAACAACUUCGGCUUUAUCAACAACAACAUCAUCAGGAGGAGAAAAAGGGAGGACAGCGUCUUCGUCGUAGUCGCAGAGUUACAGCUGCUACAGGACAAGCCUUGCGUAACCAGGUAUAGGAGUUACCGCCGCCAAGGGAGUGAUUUGAUCCAUAAGUACUAAACACAUAUUAACCAACAGUUAAUUGGCUAGCAGCUGUUCCAUCUUUGAAAGAUUCACAAAGUCAACAAAAUGAGGGCCUCUAAGAGAGAUUGGAUGUUCAGAGUGCAGGUAUCUCGUCUGGAAAAAAAUGCAGUUGUGUUUGUGGUAGGCAACUUGCCUGAACUCGGUGCCUGGAACCACAAUCAGGCUAUCCCGUUAACAUGUGAAAGCAAUGGUAACGAGUCGCCUCAGCAUCAUGAUAACAGCUCGGAUUACACAGAGUUCUAUGCCAAUCUUAAUAAUGGAUCCGAAGGAGUAGAUAGUGCCGCUGAAUCUCACGACGAAGGUAGAAUCUAUUCACAAAAGGUGGCAUUGCCCGCCGAUGCAGAUGUAGAGUAUCGUUUCUUCAUUGCUGUAGUUUGUGAAUCUAAUUGCAUCAAAACUUUAGCCAAAACUCUAAUAAUAAGGCAAUGGGAAACUCACAUGACACCUAGGCUUAUUAAAAAAAUCACACCAAGUAACUGCAUUAAAGAUUCUAUACCUGAUCCUGAAAAAUUUGGUUAUUUCAAUGGGUAUUUUAAAACCGAAAGAGGAUGGCUUACAGAUGAGACAGUUAUUCAGUUUAAAAUUUUCAAUAAUCCCAUAAAAUUGUGGAAAAAUAGGCUGCAGAAUAAAAAAGUUCAAAUUAAGAUGACUCCAGUAAAUUUAGUUAGGCAUAGUUCAUUAGAGUUGCAACAGUUUGGAGGAGAAUGUAUAGAUGAUAGUCUUUCUAUGGACACACAGGAUAUUGUGGAUCAACCAGCAUUCAGUAUUACAGAAAUAGCGGUCAUGAACGACGAAGAGGCCCUUUUCAAAUUUCAAGAUCAAUUUGGCCGAGCUUACAGCGAUGAUGAAUUUGUCAUUUUCAACGUAGCUGUUCAAUAUCCUGAAACUGUUGCAUACUUAGUGGACUACUACGUCCAAUUAAGAUCAUUUGAUGGUGAGCCGCCUGCUCACAUUGGCUUCAGUUAUAUUUUGCCUAGCACUUUGCAGGCCAGUGUUGGGCUUCUGACAGUGCCCAUUACUAGUACUAAGCAUAGACCUAUAGGACAAUUAACUGUAGAAUAUGUAACUAUUAAGCCUAUUCCUGACUUUCCCUGGGAUAUGAGGAUUUCUUAUGCAAGACACUGGGAGGCAAGGUGGUCUGGAUUAGAUGUCGGUCAUCGAGGACUUGGAACUUCGUUUAAACAUGAGAUGAAAAAUUGUGCUAAUGUUCGAGAAAACACAAUCGCAUCAUUGAAGACUGCUUCUUACCACGGUGCCGACAUGGUUGAGUUUGAUGUACAACUUUCCAAGGACUUGAUUCCCGUUAUCUACCACGAUUUUUAUGUAUCGAUUUCGUUGAAACGCAAAAAGCAAAUAGAGGCUAUGGAUAUGCUGGAAAUACCCGUGAAGGAUCUAACCUUGCAGCAGUUACAUUUACUAAAGGAUUAUUAUUAUCCCGGGGACUCCUUGGGUCAGGUAUUGUAUUACCUUGAUACAUCCCAACAGGGGGUUAACGAAAUGGUCUAUCAUUUGGAAGAAGCCAGAGAAAAAACGGCAAAGUUUUUUGACGAAGAUCUAGAAGACCAUCAACCUUUUCCCACACUUCAAACGGUACUUGAAGAAUUAGAACAACAUGUUGGCUGCAAUAUCGAGAUAAAGUGGACUAUGCAACUAAAGGACGGCACGUUUGAACUUAAUCACCCUUUCGACCUUAAUUUGUACUUGGACAUCAUACUUAAAGUCGUGCUGGAGCAUGGUGGUGAUCGCAAAAUCGUCUUCUCAUCGUUCAACCCAGAUAUUUGUGCUAUGAUCCGCUUGAAACAAAACAAAUAUCCUGUCGUAUUUUUAACGCAAGGUGUGACCGUUAAGUAUCCAACGUAUCACGAUCCGAGGUGUCAGACAAUACCAAUGGCUAUGAGACAUGCGCUUGCCGCUGACCUUCUCGGGAUAAAUGUGCACACGGAGGACAUACUUCGCGAUCCGAGUCAGGUAAAGUUGGUCAAGGACCGAGGGCUUAUUAUAUUCUGCUGGGGUGACGACAACAAUGACAAGGAUACAAUCCAGCAUCUCAAAAAGCUCGGCCUACACGCCGUCAUUUACGAUAAAAUCGAUGAAUACAAUGCAAAAGAGGUCAAAGAGAGCAUAUUCCUGAUAGAUGCUCGCGAAAAUCAAAAGGCUCUCAUAGCCCUGGCCCAUUGCAACCAGGCCUUAUCGCCUUUAGCAGUAGGAAACACUACCAGCUCACUGUCGGUGCCACCAUCGCCGUUUGCUAACUCCACUACAGUGGGUGGUGGCAGCGAGAGCGACGACAGUGGUAGCGCAAGCAGCGUCAACAUAACGAAUAGCAACUGUGAUAUAGCGCAACAAGAUGAGGAUAUCCGUGAUCUUACUAAGGAUUUUAGCGUGUGCGCACCCACCUUUGGACAUCCGCCCAAAAUGAAGAUUCUUCCGGAUGUAGUAUGUAUCAAUCCACCGCCAGAGCUGCGGGUCGAGGAUGAGACGGCGAAAGACAGCUUCUGAUGUUUUUCAAACAGAGUUCAAAAUUAUGCUCCUAAAGAUUAAGAUUAUAUUUAGAAGCGUGGGAAGGUUUUUAUGUACUUUCUGCCUUUUUUUCUUUGCUUUGUUAUUUCUUAAGAGAAAAAAAGUUUUUUAUACAUAAAAAAGAAUAUUUCAAUGAAAUUUCGCAUACCCUCAAUUGUAACGUGUGUUUUAUCAUGUAGGCAAGAGUGAGUUAUUGAAAAGUUUUUAUAAAACGUGUAAUGAGCGAUAAUUUUUACAAUGUGAAUUUAUACAAGUGUCAGUGUUUUAAAAGGCUAGAAUUGAAGCCGUUGAAGAGCAAGGGUUGAUAAUUUUACAAUUAACAUAUUUUGUAUAACUCACUCCUGUAUCGACUGGCACGAACGAUCUGUAAGGCGAAAUGAUAGUGAAAACAAUUUUUUUUUUUUUAAUCUGCAACUGCUCACUUUUUAUGUGUGAUUUUUGCUAAUCAUAGAACUAUACAAAACUAAAGCAAGAUUUUUUUGUAACAUAAGACAGCACACUAUUAAAAAAUCAAGUAUACAAAUGUCUUAAAUUAUGUCUAACAUUAAGAAGAA